AUGGCGGAUUACAGUGAAAAGUGUGCAGAGGAUUGUUCGUUUGAUUACAAUGAAGAUAAACAAAAAGGUGUAUGUUUAAUUAAAGAACAGUAUGUUAUAGAAGAUCAUGUAAGACUUCUAAGCAAAAAGUGUUUAACUGAAAUUGAUAAACAGAAAGUUUCAAUUAAUACGAGUAGUAUAAAUGAUGAUGCUUCUGUAUUAGAUGAACCUCCAUCUAAGAAAUUUAAAAAUGAUAAUAAAAAAGAAAAACUUAGAGGACAAAAUAAAGCAAGACCACCACCAUUUAAGACACAACGUGAGCUAAAUUUAUGUCCUUGGAUAGCAGACCAAGCAGUGGAUGAGCCUGAAAAAAAAUGUGACAAUAAACAGUGUAUAUUUUUGCAUGAUAGAAUUAAAUAUUUAGAAAUCAAACCAGAUGACAUUGCAAAUGAAUGUUAUCUUUUUAAACUUAGUGGCAGAUGUCCACGAGGCACAGCUUGUAGAAUGGGUUCUGAACAUCUAACAAAAGAAGGUUUAAAUAUUAUUGAUAAAGAAAGGGAAGAGGAAUUUAAGAAAAAACCACCUUCUACAAAAAAUCAUUUAACUAAAAAUAUUCAAAUUCAAUUAAGAAAACAUAAAUAUAAUUUUUCUAAAGCAGAAAAUAUUGUUAAAACAAAUGAACCAUGUAGAAAAAAAUUGGUGAUAGAAAAUGUGAAACAGAUUGAAGAAUCCUCAAACAAAAAUAAACUAGAGAUAAGAAAUAAUUUAAUGUUAGACACAUGUGUCAGUGACUCUCAGAAUGAGGUUUUUGAAAUUCAAAAUACUGAAAAGAGGAUUGGUCCUGUUGAAGAUUAUGAUUUAAUAAAAUGUAGAGGUGUAGAAAAAAAAGCAAUUGAUUGGAAAAAUAAAAUAUUGUUAAGUCCAUUGACAACAGUUGGUAAUUUGCCAUUUAGAAGAAUUUGUAAAGAAUAUGGAGCAGAUAUAACUUGUGGAGAAAUGGCUUUGGCACCGAGGAUAUUGAAAGGAGCUCAUGAAGAAUGGGCACUAGUGAAAAGACAUGAAUCUGAAGACAUUUUUGGUGUACAGCUUUGUGGAAACAAUCCAGGUGUAUUAACAAGAUGUGCUCAGUUGUUGAAUGAAGAAAUUAAUAUCGACUUCAUUGAUUUGAACCUAGGUUGUCCCAUAGAUUUAAUUUACAGACAAGGUGGCGGCAGUGGUAUGUUGAAUCGAUUGAAUGUUCUAGAAACUGUUGUGAAAUCUGUUAGUCAAGUUAUGGAUAUACCUUUAACUCUAAAAACUAGGACAGGAGUAUACAUAGACAAACCUAUUGCACACACUUUGAUGCCAAAGUUUCGUGAUUGGGGUGUGUCUAUGAUUACUGUUCAUGGAAGAUCUCGUGAACAAAGGUAUACGAAAUUAGCUGAUUGGGAUUAUAUAGAAAAGUGUGCAAAAAUAGCUCAUCCUGUUCCAGUGUUUGGAAAUGGAGAUAUUUUAUCAUUUGAUGAUUAUCAAAGAGUUCGAGACUCGUAUACAUCUGUGUGCGGUAUCGCCAUAGGCCGUGGUGCACUGAUAAAGCCAUGGAUAUUUACAGAAAUAAAAGAAAAAAAAUUGAUCGAUAUAUCGAGUGCAGAAAGAUUUGAAAUUUUGAAAAAAUAUUCAAAAUAUGGUCUUGAACAUUGGGGUUCAGAUACUCGUGGGGUCGAAACAACGAGAAGAUUCAUGUUAGAAUGGAUAUCUUUUUUACACAGGUAUAUUCCAGUUGGAAUAUUAGAAAGACCUCCGCAAAGAAUUAACGAAAGACCUCCAUUUUAUAGAGGUCGCGAUGAAAUGGAAACGUUAAUGGCUAGUUCGAACUGUGCAGAUUGGACAAAAUUAUCGGAAAUGUUACUUGGAAAAGUGCCUGAAGGAUUUCACUUUUUACCGAAACAUAAAGCAAACGCGUGGAAAUAAUGUAUACAGAAAGAAAAAUCUUUUUUAUUUUGUUAAACACUCACAGCCAUACAGAC